AUGUAUCACAAGUACGCAGGUCAGGGCAGACCAGACAAUUCGAGUGAAACAAAUACUAUAGUCGCGUCUUUCUAUAAACUAGUAGAGAACCACGCUAUACAGGAUGUCUUCAUUGACUUCUCCUUCUCCUUCUCCCCCUCAUCAGCAGCUACAUCAAACAAAUGGCUCGCGACGACCACCAAGGAAGAGCACACUUACACAACAACAGAAAAACCAGAAACGUCAGAGAGCAACGCAGGAGCAACUCGUGACCCUGGAAGCCGAGUUCAAUAA